CAGCACAGAGCAAGACACUGAACAUCGGGAAUAGAGUUUGAUUUUCUUUUAAUCUGAAGAAAACUGAACAUUCUACCUUCGCCUUGGAAAAGGGUUGUUUUAUUUAUGUAUUUAUUUAUUUAUUGAAUUAAUUAAUUAAUUAAUUAUGUAUUUAUUUUAAACAACUGAAAGAGCGACUGAAACAAACAGUAACCUUACAUACAAUAUAUACACACAGGCAAGUCGAGAGAGAUACAUAGGUUACUUCUACAUCACCCAGUCAAAUUUGGAAUAUAUUUUUGUACUUUUCAUACUCAAAUCGAAACUUAUAAAUGUACUUGACAUGUAUCAUCUAUAUGAAGUGGAUGUGCCUCUUACUGAUAGUUGAUGAUUUUUAAAUUCGAGACUCGAAGUGGCCAGCUUGAGUUCUGACAGCUUGAAAUUUCCUAAACAUUUUUAAACUGGAUUUUUUUUUUGAAACAGCGAAUGUUUUCUCCUGUUGUUUAUUGACUGAGUGAAAUGCUGUGCAAGCGGGAUGCCCUAGGUAAAAACAUACUUGUAUGUCGGAGUUAAAUAUUGUCCUUGCUCAUUUAAAACCGAAAUAUAAACAGUGUUUCCGAUUUCCAUGCAGAGACUUAAUUUGUUUUUCAAUCACGUUUAAACAACUAAUCACAAUGUAUAGAAAAACGUGCAACUUCAUCCAUUAACUAUAUAUAUAGUUUUUUUUAUUUUAAACUAACACUUUAAAGGACACACAGAUACAUCUAUUUCUAUCAUAGAGUAACAUUGACACUGAACUGUACAGAAUGUAAAUGCAUCUCUGAACGUUUCAUUUUCAAAAAGACUGUACGGUUUGAUCUUCCUUAAAGAGUAAACGUUUUUAAAUGUUAGCCUUUGAAUUGAAAGUGCUGCAGAAGGAAAAUUAAAAGAUCUAAAAAUAAAGUACUGGUUUCUUCUCCACAAAUAAAUCAUUUGAACUUCCCACCGCAGAAUGAGGAGGAAACAAAUAACAGUUUUGACAUAUGGAUCUGAUUUUUGCUAAACAGACAGAUGUACAAGGAAAUGAAAAGCUCGGCGCAGACUAAAUGUGUUGCAAAUUUGAAAGAAAGUCAAUCUAAAGAUUAUUUUAAAAAUUGAGUAAACCUCGCUUCCCUAGGAAUUGGCAGCAUUAAGAAUGAACCGUCCCAUGGCACCGACCUAAGCAGUGGAUGAAAACAGUACGGUAGUGACAUUUUUUUAAGGGCAUCAACUGCUCUAAAGUUGGCAUUUGCCAGUGACUCUUGGAUGUUGGACCAAGUUUGUUCAGUUAUGGGAUCAUCUCUACUUUUUCACAGUUUGGGCAUCAUCUUCUCCUGCUCGAUUCUCAGCUGCGUGGACGCUUUGGUAGAUGUCGAUGAUGUUAUCACCAAGGAAGAGCAGAUAUACCUUUUAUUCAAUGCCAAGCGGAAAUGUGAGAGAGCCAUCAAAUCAAAACUGUAUAAAGUGUCUGAUGGCCUCUGUUUGCCUGAGUGGGAUGGCAUUGUUUGUUGGCCUGAAGGCCUGGCUGGCAAGACUGUCUCAACUCCGUGCCCUGAGUACAUUUAUGACUUCAAUCAUAAAGGUCAUGCCUAUCGGCGGUGUGACAUGAAUGGUAGCUGGGAGCUUGCCCCAAGCAACAACAGGACUUGGGCAAAUUAUACAGAGUGUGCCAAGUUCCUUACUCACUACAACCAGAACCAUGAGAAGGAAGUCUUUGACCGCCUGUAUUUGAUUUACACUGUGGGUUACUCUGUCUCGUUGGUAUCAUUAACAGUCGCUGUUGCUAUCCUGGGGUAUUUUAGGAGGCUGCACUGUACCAGGAACUACAUCCACAUGCACCUCUUUGUUUCAUUUAUGCUGAGGGCCAUCAGUAUCUUUGUGAAAGAUGCUGUGUUGUAUUCUGGGUUGGCUCUGGAAGACAUGGAGCAAGUUAGUGUGGAGGACCUUAAAUCCAUCACAGAAGCCCCCCCUACAGACAAGAUGCAGUUUGUUGGCUGCAAGGUAGCUGUGACACUCUUCCUCUAUUUCUUGGCAACUAACUACUACUGGAUUCUGGUGGAAGGACUUUAUCUCCACAGCCUCAUUUUCAUGACAUUCUUCUCUGACAGGAAGUAUCUUUGGGGAUUCACUUUCAUAGGUUGGGGGUUCCCAGCUGUGUUUGUCACUGUGUGGGCGAGUGUGAGAGCCAUUCUUGCAGACACAGAGUGCUGGGAUCUCAGUGCUGGCAGCUUGAAAUGGAUUGUUCAAGUCCCUAUAUUGGCAGCAAUAAUGGUAAAUUUUGUUCUAUUUCUAAACAUAAUCAGAGUCUUAGCAACAAAAUUAAGAGAGACGAAUGCUGGAAGAUGUGACACAAGACAGCAAUAUAGAAAGCUGCUGAAGUCCACAAUGGUCCUGAUGCCUCUUUUUGGAGUUCACUACAUUGUCUUCAUGGCUAUGCCGUACACUGAAGUUUCAGGGAUUCCAUGGCAGAUCCAGAUGCACUAUGAGAUGCUGUUUAAUUCAUUCCAGGGAUUAUUUGUUGCUAUAAUAUAUUGCUUCUGCAACGGAGAGGUCCAGGCAGAGAUUAAAAAGUCCUGGAGCAGAUGGACAUUGACGCUGGAUUUCAAAAGAAAGGCUCGGAGUGGCAGCACCACAUACAGCUAUGGACCCAUGGUGUCGCACACCAGCAUCACAAAUGUAACAGCAAGAGGCCCUUUAGCCCUACAUCACACCACCCACCUGGCACCUGCCUCCAAAAAUGGGCACCACAACCUGCCCGGUUAUGUCAAAAACGGCUCGGUUUCAGAAAACUCCAUUCCUUCCUCAGGGCAGGAGCUAUGUGUCAAAGAGGAAGAGCAAGAAAACAUGUCUGGACCAUGCGAAGGCAACAAGCCUACUAUAAUGGUGGAGGAGGAAAGGGAAACUGUGAUGUGAAGUACAUUGAAGCUUAAAAAAAUACCUAGUUUCCAUGCACCACUCAACCCGGGUUGAAAACCCUGCUGCCCCCGGUACUGCGUUUCCAUGUUAAUUUAGAAACCUUCAUUGGCUGCCAAUCUGAGCUGCCCCUGAUUUUUUUUUCUGACCCUUUCCCAAAGUGGGCCAAAGCAGAUGGGUGGAAGUACGUCACAACACAGACCAAUCAAGUGACAAGUUGGCGUAAACAUUUAAUCUAAAUCCUGGGUGAGCAGGUUUCUCCGUGCUUUAAAUAUUCUCAAAUAAUUUUUUUUUUGCAACAAAAAGCUUGAAAAAAUUGUUAGGAUUGUCGGAAGCAAACAAUAGCAUACAUCCUUUCGGUUUUGUAAACAAAUUUAAUACAACCUUAGCCGUAAGGCUUGUUUGGAAAGAACCGCCAAAAUCCGUCCAAAACUCUGAUUGCUUGGAGUUUUUUCACUUAACUCAAUGUGGGCUCCGGCGGAAUUUGGUAGAGCCCGGAUCAGCUCGGAUUGGCGGUCAAUCCGUGCUCAUGUAAAUGAGGACGAGACUCACAAAUGGGCGAACCAAUGGUGGAACUAAAUCAAUUCCGAUGCCCUCUGUUGAUUGAGGUCUGUGAUAGAAAAUGGACAGUCCAUUAACGUUCCAGUCAGGGCUACAUGAACUGACAAAAGAAAAUCUUUUGGAUGAGGUCUGAUUUAAAUCAUGAGCGAGACUAUUUUUACUGGCCCAACUUAAAUUGUCCGCCACAUAUGCAGAACUCUAGUCACGUUCCACAAAAUGCGGAAUACUACACUUUGUGUAACGGUGUGUUAUCUCUCAAAUGGGUGUUGCUGUCAAUGUCAGCAAAUGCCAUUAAUCACACAAUGUCCCAGUACAUUACAUUUGUGGUCUAAACAUGGUUGAGAAAUUGAUACAUUGUUACUGCAUUUGUAGUUUCAUACAGCCGCUAAAAUUCACAAAAAAUAAAAUACAGUAAGUGUUUGUAAUUUAGCAUUUGGUUUAACUGCUAUCAGAAGAUUUAAUCUGUGUGAAAGUGAUUUGUCUCACCUGACUUAAGUGCUUUACCUGAUAAAACUGAUUUAUGAAAGGUAAUUUAACUAUCUAAUUAUUUGUGGAUGUCACUUUACCUGAAACCACAACAGAAACACAUUAAUAACCUUGUGCAAGACUCUUCUUUAAGCUGAUUCUGAGCGACUGCACAAUGGACGAACAAUUUAACUUGGGAUGGUAAUACUUAAUUAUCAACUUUGAAUCACUUGCUGUACCUCCAGGGCCUGUACAUCUAUCUUCUGUAAAACAGCUCCAAAACAAAUGCUGAAAUAUUGAUUUGCGAGCCAACUGAUUUCAAUAAUGUUUUCUUGCGUACCACUGUUUGAUGGCCACUACCACAAAAGCAUAAAAUGGCUGUAAUUAAAAUGCAACCUAUGCAGGGGUAUAUUUUCAAAAAUUAGAUUUUUACAUUUUAAGUUAAGUGUAUUAAAGUGUAAUUAUUAGCGACAAUAAUUACAACGACAAAGAAAUUGUCUUCACUUUUUAAAAAACAAAACAGCAGGUACAGUAACAGAUUUAGAUGGUCUGAGAGGUUGGAAAGCAUACAUUGUAUUGGUGAAUAAUGUUAAAUACUAACUAGCUUCAAAUGGCAGUAAAAGUGUUUAUUUUUUUUAAAUUGAUUUGUCGGGUACCCUUCCACUGAGAAAUAGUCUGAGUUCACAAAGGAACACACAUGUAAUGAGAGAGAAAAAAUUAAAUUUAUUAAACAAAUAACGUUUUACUUAUUAGAGUUGAUUAUAGUGUAUCUGGACAGUGGCAUAGAUAUUUGAAUGGAGCAAUAUUGCUGAAUUGAAAGAUGCUGAGAUCUAGUUCAGCUGACAGGCUGUGAACUGGCCUAUGUGGCAGUGGCGGGUACAGGACGGGUUGCUUUCAUAUCUGCAAAGUAUUGAUUGGCUGGUUUUGGUAGAUAAUAAAAUACAUUUGGACCAAUUCUGCCUUUGUUUAGUAUUUGCUGUCCAAUAGAUGUGAACUGAGCUUUCAAUACGGCCAAUCAAAAUGAGUUGCAAGGGAUUAAUUUUAAAUUUGAUUCACAGUUGAUGGUGUAACAUCUGAUAGAAGCCUGCUAGAGCUGGAAGCUGAUUGGCUCAUGAUACUGAAUCAUGAGCCAGUUAAGUGGGGUCGUGUGGCAAAGUGGGUUGCAGUGCGCAGGUGCAGGAGUGAUGCGGAGAUCAAUGAAAGACAGACAAUGAUAAUCCAAAGUGCAACCAUGUUUAUUUAUAAUCCUGGUCUGGUGACCACAAAUAAUAACCCCAGCAAUGUGUAUCACACUGUUCCAAAUAACGGGUUGCAGUCCCAAAUAAUAACACAAUUUACACACACAAAUACACACACGCUCACAAGUCCCGGGUGAGUGGUUUCUGUGCUCGUGGUGAAAUACAAUUUAAUACAUGAACAAUGGUGCAGUGUUGUCCAGGUUUGUGCUGGCCUUAAGCGACAGCUCCUGGAUCAAGCAUAGUAUUAGCAACGACAAAACAAACACUCACGGUAUUUAUCACGCUCCUUUUUCGGUUCAUCCGUAACCAUAACAAAGGAACAGAUCAUCUUGCAACGUACUAAACUUGAUAAACACAUCUCCGUGUUUGAUACCAAUGCAUUCAUGUCUGAUGUAAUAAGACCAAAAUGUGAAAUUCUGCCUUCCAUUUUACAAUCCUUUUGCUCACGUGAAUGGAUUAUUUUAAAAGAAAUUAAGUAAUGUGUUAAUAUGAUUUUAUCUAAAUACAUUCCCAAUUCAGUAGAGACAGAAUGUUUCCAUAAUUUGCCUUCAUCCAUGAGAAUCUGUUGGCCAAAAUGUUGCCCUGGAUGUCUGCUUAUGUCUGCUUAAUCUCUUAGUAGUCUGUACAAUAAACAAUAAUCCAUCCUCCCCCUUAUAAGAAUAUACGGGUAAAAUGGAACAAGUUGACCGUUUCUACACUUGAUAGUACUGGACCGUGUAUAAAAGUUAUAUUUAUACAUUGGAAAUGACACUUUGUUAAAAUAUUCUACUGGACUAUUAUGGACUAAGUGUUUUUCAUAUUUAUGUAUGUAGUAGUAAACUCAAUUCUUAUAAUGACAGUGAAGUUUGUCAACAUUUGGGUACCGGUAUAGAUUAAAUAACUAACUGUCAUUGAUGCAGCCAUUGUACAUGCAUUGGGCUAUUGAAACUAAAUCAAGUGUUUGAAUUCUGCAGUGGUGCAUGACUGUUGUGUUUAGGAGAAUAAUUGCAUAUUAAGGGCCCUAUUCAUAAAAGUACUUGCCGACUGCCGUAAUAAAACAAAUUUUGUUUAAAACUAACAAAAGUCGCCCAUAUUGCUAUUCAUAAAAUGAUAUGAGAAUACGGGCAACUGUCGCAAAGCACUUUAUGAAUGCGUAUACAGUCGUUCAAGAACGAAAGUCCGCCCCUUUUUGAUGACAUCAUCAGCAUUAUUAAUGUUCCCUGGGUGGUGUCGGUAGCUGUUGUAAAAAGAAAAACGGAAUCCACUGACAGUACUACCGAAACCCGAGUCUGCAGCUCCCAGUCACGGGCAGUUUGCAAAAACUGAUUCCGAUGCCCCUAUCACGUCUGCCAAAAAUUUAGGACAUGUCAUAAUUUAGAAAAAAAAAGUUGUUUUUUUUAAAUAAAUACUGGUACUUUGUAUUUUCGUUUUGUUUUGUAAGAAUUCCAUUUUUAACUGCAGGACCAAAAAAAUAAAUAAAAACUAAACAAAAAGCACUGUAGGAGGAUGUUUUAAUAAUACUGUAAUUCUAAUAAUAAUAAUAAUAAUAAUAAUAAUAAUAAUAAUAAUAAUAAUAAUAAUAAUAAUAAACCCCGCUUAAAGCAGGGAAUCAAUCAGGGGCGAGUUUGUGUUUAUGAAUCAGUGAAAGUUUCACGGCAUAUUGCACACUGUACACAAAAUUGAUUGUUUUGUGAUGUGCGAAAAAAGGCUCGAUUAGUGUUUUUUGCAAUACCAAGCAAGCCCAAAUUUCCCACCGACUGCAUCAGCAGCACUGGUAUACUGUAUAUUGUAACGCUCCAUGAAAAUACACAGGCAGUAUUUAUCCAAACUGUUUAUUGUGAACACAGAUAAAAAGAAAAGGACCGCUGUCAGCCGCGGAUCACAGCAAAGAAAUAAUAAUAAUUAGGGCUUCUGAUUUUCGGUUUUAACCGAUAAAACCCGAUAAAACACCCCCAAUACAAAAAAAAUGAAAUCGGUGGAUAGCCAAUAAACACCGGAAAACACCAGAAAAACUGUGGAAAUGGUUAAUCAAUUCACGUUGACGUUACCCUUUUCACAUUAAAAAAUAAAACCUACUACAAAAAUAAUAAUAAUAAAUACAUUUCCCAGUGCUGCUGGUCAAUGUCCCGCCUUCCUGACUCGCAUCUAUCAUUGAUUCGUUCUAAAUACUUUAAUCCCACCCCAACUACCGAAUGACAGCACAUUCCUACAUUGCUACUGGAGACUCCACUUGCGAGAUUUAAAACGAGAUUACAAUCAGGAUGGAGGCUUUCUAGCGAGAUUUCAAGCUGUAUUUACAUUUAAGAUAUGGAAGAUUUAAAGCAGAAUUGUGACGAAAUGUACAAAAAUACCUACACACAAAAACCUCAGAAGAACGUGUCCAUGACCACAGGGAUUUCGUUGUGGAAGACAGCAAUGAAUAGAACAAGGUACAACUUUGUGCAAGUACUGUCGAGUUACUACUAUACAUAUUUUGACAGAAAAAAAAAACAAAACACUCAAGCAUUUUGGAAAGUAAUCGAAAACACUAUUUUCAUACAGUAGAUAUGAAAAAUGAAACCCCUGAAAAAACUGACUUACAUAAAACUCGAAAAUAGCUAAAUAUAAGCACCGAAAAAUACAAUUAAAACCCGAAAAACUGAAGCCCUAAUAAUAAUACAGUAACUGUGUAUUCUUAGUCUCUCACUUGCUCUCUGCUUCACAGCGCUGUUUCAAAAUGAUUAUGCCAGGCAGAGAACACGUUCUUAUGCGAGUAUAUAUUUAUAUUAAAUAUGUUCCUUUAUAUAAAGCUACAGAUUUUUUUUUUUUUUUUCAAAAUAGGCAAUUUUAAUCAAGGGUAUGUCAAACUGUAUAACAGAGCAAGGUUAGUAAUAAAAUUGGUCUUCAAAAAAAAUAGUCUGCCGAGGCUGUCGUUAGUUUAGACUCGACUGUAGAACGUGUUAAUGCCUAGUUAUCGACAGCAUUUCAUAUGAAUAGCAGGUUGACGCUCAGGACCGAUGACAACUUUAUGCUAAUGAUGUAUUCGUUAACCUUUCUCUCAAUUCAUUAAAAACAUGCCUUCAUAGACACAUUGUUGUGGCUUAACGACGCAUCUGAAUUUUCUCUUAUGAAUAGCAACUGCUGUUAAAUAGGCGGCUAUGGACGAAAUCCGAUCAUUUCGACAGGCGUCAACCCUUUAUGAAUAGACCCCUAAGAGUCGGAUCAGUGCCAUAGCUGUGUAUUAAAGGAAUUGCUAUCCAUGUUCUGGUUGGUUAAAACAAUCUUGAGCUAUGUAAUACAUACCUUUCAUAAUUUAAUAGAAUUUCAUGAUCUCUCUUGACAAUUAUUCAUCUAAAUACAACAUUGUCAAUCCUUACCAUGGACGUGCAGGUUAUUGAUUACUGAUUGCUCAAAUGUUUUAAAAUAUUUAAUAAAUGGCCUGUUGUAUCUUCCACUUACAAGAAAAGGUUUGACCUUGCACACUUGUAGAGGAAACCAGCCAACAGCAAAUGGGGUAUUUUUUAAAACUUAAGCAUUACCUCACUUCCAUGCCUAUAGAAUGUGUUUAUAUCAUGCUUAAGAGGGUGCUUAGCGUUGUGGGAAUAGUCUGUAAUUGUGAUAUUUGCAGCUUUAACAAAAUAAAGGAAACAUGGCUUUUUAAGUAUUGGUCACUUAGAUCGUGGAAUCCCUGGUGUAAAAAAUAUAAUGGUGUUGAUACCACAUUUAACAUUAAACUGUGAUUAUUUUUGUUUUUAAUAUAAAAAUGUUUAUACACUGAGAUCUGUAUUAAUGUAUUAAAAAAUAAUGUUACUUAAUAUGUAUUUAAUUUCCUAUUUGAUAUAUAUAUAUAUAUAUAUAUAUAUAUAUAUAUAUAUAUAUAUAUA